CUGUUGCUUGCCACAUGUAAUAAUGAUCUUUCAUACGGCCACCCCUGCAAGCUGUUCAUAGGCUCUGAAGCUCUCAGCAGGUCAUCAUGCAGCGCGCGUAUAAAAUGAGCCUGCUUCUCAUACAGUGCGCAUCUACCUGGCCCAGAGGGGAAACCAUCGUGACAGGCUCAAGUUGGAGAUCUGGUAUAGUAAAGGGCGAAACAAGGCACGGGAGCACUACGAGAACUCACCAGAUUGGGCGUUUCUCGUCGCAUCGAUGGUGUCUCGCUUUGCAGGCGCCGCACCCUGUUCGACUGCGUAUGUGAUGCUGCCUUCGUCGUGACGACGUCUGGGGCGCUUGCAUGAUGUUGCACCCACACGA